GUAUUUUCUCCUUCGCCAUCUUGGUGCUAGCUCGCGCAGGCGGAAGCAGCAUCUUCGGCGGAGCAACAGCGGGUGUGGUUCGGACUUUUACGGGCGGUUCACCGAGCAGCUCUUUUCCUAUUUUCAGCCGAGAGAAAGGAGCAUAUUUCCCUGACAAGAACCACGGAGGAGCCACUCCACUCUGGUGAGGAGAACCCUUUUACUACAUCCAUCGCUCGGUGUUUUCAGCGAUCUCCCGGAGCAAAUCCUGUUUAAUUCGGGAGGGGGCUCCGGUGGGGGUUUCUGGUCUGGCAGGUUUUGUGCGGCGGCGCUUGGAUCUACUUUUCAUACGUCCUGGUUAGCUAAAGCUAAUCAAACCAGACUUCAACAUUUGGAGGGCUGGCCUGAAAGUCACGAUUUUGAUAAUGAACUGAAUUGUAGUUACAAUGGCGUCUUAUCCCGAUUACGCUCUGGGACAAGUGUACGGGAAUUAGAGCAUUGUGAGUAUGGCACGAAACGGUGUUUGUUUAUAUUAGCUGGUAAGCUAACCAGCGGAGGGGUUAGCUGGGCACGUUAAGUUAGCAUAGCGAGCUCUCAAGGUAAGAUAGCCAACCUGGAGGCUCAUACGCCUGCGCAGAGGUUUGAAUUAAGCUAGUAAACGGGCUCUGUUUUUGGUGUAACCUAAUCACUGCGUGGAUUUUGGGUGUUUUUAGUUUGAUUUAGCAGCUUGUGAGGUUUACAGACAGACUCAGCAUGAGAGGAGGAGUCAUGGAAGUGAUUGCGGGGCGCAGAGAGAGGAGGGGGCAGUUUCUCUCAUUGGAAACCCAGGCUGUGAGGUCGGAACUUGGCCGUGGUAGGGGGAGGGGAGGGGGAGAAAAUAUGCCUUUGAUGUUCUUUGCCGCUGAAUGGUGAAUUGUGUUCAUGCUGGCCUGGAAAUACCCUCCGCUUUGCUCUCUGGAGGUGGAGGUAGAGGCUCGGCAUUUCCACCUCACAGCUACGGCGGCGUCUGAAUCAGAGGGACCGGAUCUAGGUAGUACCUGGACUGUGGGGGUAUUAUCGAGAUCACGCAGAGGAAACGUGAAAACGCUUUAGUUUGUCAGCGAAACUCUGGGUGAAGUGUGACUUACAAAUCUCCCUCUGACUUACACAUUAUUUUGUGCUUCAAACAGACAUAUCUGCUGUGCGGGCUGAGGGCAGGCGAGAACAAUGGCUACCCAGUGUGAGUAUGACCAACUUUAUUUGAUUGUUGAUUCAAACACACUGAGUUAUAACUGACCUUCACUACCUGGAGAAUGGGCUUUUCCUGUUCAAAAAUGAGCUCACUCUUUAAACAAUGAGGUGACUCAGAAAGAAAAUGGAGGCAAGGUGAGCACAUGUCAUGGCACUUUUCUUGUGUUUUCUCUUUUUCAGAAUGUAGUUUAGUAAAUUAAACAGCAUAUAUUUUGCUCCCUCAUGUUUAUUAAUGAACCUAUCAGAAUAUACACAACACACUCCAACACACUACCACCAUCACCCUCAGCGUACAUGUAGAUUUCAAUUAUCACCUGUCUGAAGCUGCCUGAAAGCUGGGUUUAUUUUAAAGUAGAGCUGUUGCACUGAUUUUCACCAGAUUUUCAUGGUCAUGUUAUAAUGAUGUGGUGAGGCGCUUGAUGGUGCCAUGCAUAAAGGAACAUAUGCUUAUGUUUUCAAUCAAUAUCAUUCUCUUGAUUAGAUUUUUCUUAACUGGGAAAUCUGCAGCGUUAACAGCAGCAAAAACUCAAAGUUGGCAGGAAAAGAGGUGACACAUGGUGUACGGAUAAUUGAAAAAUGAAGUUUCAAAAAGCAGUUGCACACAUUGCGCUAAAGUAGUUGGAUAUGCAAUCCUGGAUUUUUGGUGUUAUUGCACAGAAGCAAACUUUUCUGUCACUCAUGAGUGAUAAGACUAAGUUUAUUUUCCUUUUUUUUUCUGUUUUUGACAAACAACUUUAUAAGAUGAGUGUAAAAAGUCCAACUGGGACGUUUUACUCGGAUAAAAAAUAUCUUACAUAUGAGAUUACAAAAAUUCAUUGAUCCCUCCAGCAUUUUUUUAGAGUGAAAAGAAUUAAGUGAAAUUAAAAAUGACUUACUCUGUGCUUCUCUAAUGUAGCUGAUCUGAUGGAGCUGGACAUGGCGAUGGGGGACAGCAAGGCUGCAGUGAGCCAGUGGCAGCAGCAGUCCUACCUGGAUUCAGGCAUUCAGUCUGGGGUCACCACCACAGCUCCAUCUCUGAGCGGCAAGGGAAACCCUGAUGCUGAGGAGGAUGAUCCGACUCUGUACGACUGGGAGUUCAACCAGCCUUUCACUCCUGAGGCUACAGGUACAUGAAACACAGAGAUACAUCAUGUAACCCUGAAAACAACCUUGAAAUGCAAGAAUACCAACAAAAAUCUCUUCAUUGUGGUAUUUAUGCCUUGUUGCCUCACUUCCAGACAUCGAGGGAUAUGCCAUGACCCGGGCCCAGCGUGUGCGCGCUGCCAUGUUUCCCGAGACUCUGGAGGAGGGUAUCCAGAUCCCACCCACCCAGCUGGAUGCCACCCAUCCAACGGCAGUGCAGCGCCUGGCAGAACCGUCUCAGAUGCUGAAGCAUGCAGUGGUCAACCUCAUUAACUACCAAGACGAUGCUGAGCUGGCCACUCGCGCCAUACCUGAGCUCACCAAGCUGCUCAAUGACGAGGACCAGGUAUGUCCACACCUGAAGGGUAACUGCUGUUUUAUGGAAGCAGUUCUUGUCGUGCCCUCACAUUUCACAUCCCUUGCACAAUAUUAACCAAAGAAUAUUCUUCUAGGUUGUCGUGAACAAAGCAGCUGUCAUGGUGCACCAGCUGUCAAAGAAGGAGGCAUCGCGUCACGCCCUGAUGCGCUCCCCGCAGAUGGUUUCGGCCGUUGUCCGUGCCAUGCAGAACACCGGUGAUGUAGAGACAGCUCGCUGCUCUGCUGGCACCCUGCACAACCUCUCCCACCAUCGUGAAGGGCUCCUGGCAAUUUUCAAGUCUGGAGGCAUUCCUGCUCUCGUCAAGAUGUUGGGGUGAGAAAGUGGUAGAUUGAUUGCAUAUUGGUGAUUAUCAGUGAGCACACGUAUGGUGUUUUUUCCACCCACAUUUCCAGGCAGCCCAGAUUUGCACUGUCCAGCAAUUAGCAAGCAAUUUAGAGUUUUUCUUGAUUGCUCCUAUUAGGGAAGACACGUCAGUUUUAGGUUUAUGGACACCGAAAUCUGUUGAUCAGUGAGGUCUGUAUGACGAGGACAAAAACAACCGACAUGUGUUCAUAUCUGUGUCUCAAACACUCCUCCACUUCUCUUUGAUCUUUUUUCUCGAAAGUCAAGAGAGUUUAAAAAUGCCUCUGUGUUUUCCCCUGCAGUAGCUCAGAGUCUAUCACUCAAGAUUAAGCAAAUAAUGAGUCAGGUUUGCAAAUAAAUUCAGCAGUGUUUCUGGUAGAGCUUAGUCAUCACCUGUGCAGGGGAAAACACCUCGAGACUAUCAUAACAAACCAGCGUGUGUUAGACCAGCAGUGUUUCACAGCACAGUGACUCCAAAACAUUAGAUGGAGUGCGUACUCUGUUACGUCUGGACUCUGCAUCUUUGAUCUCAGUGAGAAAUCUGAAACUGUUGAUAUUUCUCCUUUCCUGCUUUACUCCUUUUAUUCUCAAUGAAAAGCUAAAGCAAACAGCCAAAAACAAUUAACAGGCUGGCGGGUUGUAACCUGUCGGACGCCUCGUGUGCGUCUUUGAAUUUGCACCUGGAAUCAUAUUACUGUGCUUUGAAUGCAGGAUGAGAGUGGUUGCGUGGAGACAGGAUGAUUAACUGCCUUUGAACGCAAAAUAGAUUUGAAGGCAGGAAUCUGUUUAGAUUAUCUAGCCAGCCUGAGCCGUUCUAUUUCCAUGAUGGCUGACGUUAAAAAGCUUUGUUUUGCCCCAAGAGUUCUUCAAACUUCCUCACAUAUGAACCUCAGACUGGAGGGAGAAAAGGUCAGCGAACUGAUGCAGUGCUCUGGAGUCGCAGUUAUAUUUAUUUCUCUACAGUCGCUUUAAGCUGCAGGUCAGUCAGUCAGUCGGGUCUCACCUAGCAGACAGCAUGUUAGCCUGCAGUAAUGAGCGCUUGCCAAGAUUCAUUGUUGGACUUAAAUGACACACUUGGCAGUUUCAACAAUUGCCGAUGUUUUACUCUCAGCUUGUACGACCUUUUUCUUCAAAACAACUGCAGAGUUCUGUGAGUGUGUUUUGAUUGGAUGAUAAGCUGCAACAGUUUCCUAGAAAGUCUGAUUGAUUUCUGCAAACUGCUGGAGCUAAGUCAUUACUCAUGGUGUGUGUGUGUGUGUGCAUGUGUGUGUUUGACUUUUUGUAAUAGUAAUUUUCUGUAUUCAGUUUUCAAGUUUGAGUUUAAAAAGACCGUUUGUGUUGUAGUACAGUGGUUGGUGCUGUAGCCUUAGAAGGUUCUGGGUCAGCCAGGAGCCUCCCACAGUCCAAAGACAUGCUCCGCAGGUUGAUAGGUUAUUCUCUGUGUGUGUUUGCGUGGGUGCAAAUGGUUGUUUGUCGAUGUGGUCAUUGUGCCCCCCACCCUUUUAACCCAACGACAGCAGGGAGCCAGACCCCAUUUUUCCCCGCUGAGGAUAAGUGGUCUAUAGGGUUUUAAAAGACUGUAAGAAAACUUUAAAAUGUGUGUGAUUUCUUUGUGUAUCUUUUCAGCUCCCCCGUGGACAGUGUGUUGUUCUAUGCUAUCACCACACUCCACAACCUGUUGCUGCACCAGGAGGGGGCAAAGAUGGCUGUGCGCCUGGCUGGAGGACUGCAGAAGAUGGUGGCCCUGCUGUCCAAUACCAACGUCAAGUUCCUGGCAAUCACUACCGACUGCCUGCAGAUCCUGGCCUACGGAAACCAGGAAAGCAAGGUAUUCAAACACCAGCAUGUAUUCACAGUCAUUUACUGUCAUUCUUUCUGUCUCUUAUCUGUUUUGCCCCCCGUGUGUCUGCUCACCUGUCUUGAACUGUGUUUUAGCUGAUCAUUCUGGCCAGUGGUGGACCCCAGGCUCUGGUUAACAUCAUGAGGACUUUCACAUACGAGAAACUGCUGUGGACCACCAGCAGAGUGCUCAAGGUGCUCUCUGUUUGCUCAAGCAACAAGCCUGCGAUCGUGGAGGCCGGUAUGUACACAGUCAGGGUAGAGAAAAUAAAUGGAAGCCCUGUACAGUGAAUAAACACCAGAGAAAUGAACUCACAGUGAUGUGGUCUGAAUUAUCGCAGUGUUGGUAUCAUCACAGGUCAGGUAGAGUUUGUAGUUGUGGUCUGCUGCUGGGGUGAGCAUCCUCUGAUGUCAAGAAUUUCUUUUUGUAGGAGGCAUGCAGGCACUGGGGCUUCACCUGACAGACCCCAGCCAGCGUCUGGUCCAGAACUGUCUCUGGACUUUGAGGAAUCUCUCAGAUGCCGCCACCAAACAGGUACGUUCUACUGCUAGAGACGAAACGAGCAGAUCUAAACUGAUAUCUAAAGUUCGUGUGUUAACGUUUGUUUUCUCCUGCCUAAUCCAACUCAUCCUCCGCUCUCCAGGAGGGAAUGGAGGGUCUCCUGGGGACCCUGGUCCAGCUGCUGGGCAGUGAUGACAUCAAUGUUGUGACAUGCGCUGCUGGCAUUCUCUCCAACCUGACCUGCAACAACUACAGUAACAAACUCAUGGUCUGCCAGGUAUGUGUAACACACCGAGCUUCUGAAAAAAGGUUGUGUCUGUAUCUGCAGCCUUUAAAACCUCUGAACAUGACUGUGAACCUGUGAAAAAUAGACCCUCAGUUCCUUAUCCCUACAAAUCUAACUACUGGAUCUGAUCGUGUCAGGUUGGAGGCAUUGAGGCUUUGGUGCGAACAGUGCUGAGAGCUGGCGACAGAGAGGACAUCACAGAACCGGCAGUCUGUGCUCUGCGCCACCUGACUUCCCGCCAUCAGGAUGCUGAAAUGGCCCAGAAUGCUGUGCGCCUUCAUUAUGGCCUGCCUGUGGUGGUCAAACUACUGCACCCCCCUUCGCACUGGCCCCUUAUCAAGGUCACUAGUCAUCUCUCUUUGUUUGUUUGUUUGUUUGUUUGUUUGUUUUUUUGCAUUCUUAUAUUUUCCUAGAAUAAGAACUUGCAAAAAAAAAGGAAAACAUUUUUUUUUCCAGGGCUUGAUCAUGUGAAUUUUUUCUCUCUAUCUAGGCCACAGUUGGUCUGAUCCGUAACCUGGCUCUCUGCCCAGCCAACCACAGCGCUCUGCGUGAGCAGGGAGCUAUUCCCCGCUUGGUCCAGCUGCUUGUCAGGGCUCACCAGGACACCCAGAGGCGCACCAGCAUGGGAGGAAACCAGCAGCAGUUUGUGGUGUGUACUGAAGCCAACAAACCCUCUUGCUGUUUUUUUUGCCUCACACUUUUAAGCAGUAAGUUCAUGAAAUUUCGUAUUUUCCCCACGUUUACUCGAACAGGAGGGUGUGCGCAUGGAGGAAAUCGUGGAGGGCUGCACAGGAGCUCUGCACAUCCUCGCCCGGGACGUCCACAACAGAAUUGUCAUCAGAGGACUCAACACCAUUCCACUCUUUGUCCAGGUGAUCCUUUCGAGUCGCUCUGAAAACCUGCUACAUGGACACACUCUUACAGUCACACAUGAGCUGUGUGUAAAUGUGCUGGUUCAAAUCUUCCUCUGCUUUCCAUUGUCUCCAGUUGCUGUAUUCUCCAGUGGAGAACAUCCAGCGUGUUGCAGCAGGUGUGCUGUGCGAGCUGGCUCAGGACAAGGAGGCUGCGGAGGCAAUCGAGGCUGAAGGAGCCACUGCGCCCCUCACUGAGCUACUGCAUUCCCGUAACGAGGGCGUUGGUGAGCACACAGGCUCUUGUUCGUUGUGCACUGACUUCUCCUGACUCCGCUGUUGUUGUGCACUCGAUUUACUGUGGUGUUUUGUGUGCAUUUUCUCAUGUAGCAACCUACGCUGCAGCUGUCCUGUUCCGCAUGUCCGAGGACAAACCACAGGACUACAAGAAGCGUCUGUCAGUGGAGCUGACCAGCUCUUUGUUCAGGACCGAGCCCAUGGCCUGGAAUGAGGUACACACACUCACUAACAAACAACCUAUUGCUGGGAACAACAUCAGGGCAGGUUCUGGGGAUGUAGGGUCCUCACACUGAUACACUUAAACUCAUCGAUUACAUGCUGGAUAAAGUUACCGUUAAACCUCCAUUAAGGCUGUUUUUUGUGGCUUAACUCAUCAAUGUGUUGCUUUUACACAGACUGGAGACCUGGGACUGGACAUGGGGGCUCAGGGAGACCCACUGGCCUACAGACAGGAUGGUAUGUAUAUGUUUUGCUUUUUGAUGAUAUGUAACGAAGCAGUUGAAUUUCAGUAUACAGGAUGUUCCCAUGAUUAUAUAAACCUUGAGUGUUCAUAUAUCACUCUGUUCACGAGUUGAUUUGCAUAAUUUCUACUUUUGCUAUUCUUUUCCUGUCAGAUGGAGCCUACAGGGCCUACCCUGCAGCCUACGGUCAGGACACCCUCCUGGACCCCAUGAUGGAGGGUGCCGACUACCAUGCUGACACUCUGCCAGACCUGGGCCACCACACUGAUCCAUUGCCCGACCUCGGCCAUACCCAGGACCUGAUGGACAGCAACCAGCUGGCCUGGUUUGACACCGACCUGUAGGAUUGGUAAGGCAGACUUUUACCUGGAUACUUUUUUAGCUUUUACAGUAAAUAAUCGUAAAAAUAGAAAAUCACUAACUCAUCUCUGCCUGUGCUCUCUUCCAGUUGUAUUCCGUUAGAACCUGCAUUGUGAUUGGCCUGUAUUGUCUGAAUCAGCGUUAUGAUUGGCCUGUUGAGAUGUUGAAGGUGAAGAGAGCAUGAAGGGGUCUUGGAAAGUGCCUGACACAAGAAAAAGAAUAAAAAAAACAAAGAAGAUGGUUGCCACGGGAAUGUUAAAGCAAGUCGACGUUGGGGGGUGGGGGGGUUGGGUGGGAGAGGGAAGUUAAAGUAUUAAAGAGAUGUGGAAUCACUCAAAGGAGGUCUUGGAGCAGGUUACCUAAAUGAAUGAGUGCACAUGAGGUGGAUCUUAAAGUUUGAAACACACACAUAUGUUUUAGCCUUGCCUGUAUUCUUAUUAGUUUUUGUUUCUAUUUUUCUUAUUCUAUUUUUUUAUUUCUUUUUGUAUUACUCAUUCUCUGUUAUGGUACUGACCCAGCUUGCCUUCGCACUAGCCAUCUUCAUUUUUUUCUUCCAUGCUAAUCAUUUGUAAUUUUUAUUUUUUAAACGUAUAUUACAUGUAGUGUUAAGUUAUAGUGAUAUUAUACAAUGUUCCUUUGGUUAAUGGCCGAAUGUGUAGAACACUAAUAAUCAGUUGAAUUGUACUCUGACUUAAAGUGUAACAUUGUGUAGUUUUUUUUAUAAUCUCAAAAAUGGAGAAUUAUGCAUUCUUAAUAUGUGCUUGUUUAAGCAUAAAGUAUGUCAGUGUCACAAAUGUUCUAAAGAGGGGGUAUGGGGUGAAAUUGAGGGAGGGUUCGGGGAUAAAUCUAGAGACAAGUGUUUUAUAUACAGUAUCACUGGUAGGUUAACAACUAUUUUGUAUGCUAUCAUUGGACGUCUGAUAGAAAAGUCUUUUAAAGCUAUCAUUGGUGGUCGAAUAAAACCCAGUUUUAUGUGCUAUCAAGGGUAGCUAGGUUGAUGAACCAGUUGUAGUCCUGCUGUGCUUAUUUUGGAGACGAGGUUAUGACACGGCUGAACAAUAAAAUGGCAUUUUAUUUCAC